UGGGGCGCUGUUCCGUCCCACUGAAAUAUUACCUCACUGUGGCCAUUUUCUAGCGUUUGCUCGAAAUAAAAACAUUCAAUUUAAUUAGGGCGCUGACGUGUUAAUUUAGUGAGCGUCGGCUUUAUAAAAAAUUGAUUAUUCAUGCUGAUGAACAAAGACAGAGACUAGCGUAAGUGGAUACAGGAUGGAUACUGAGCUGAGCAGAGGUGGGCGAGGUGAUCGCAUGGGGCGAUAUGGGAGCAGCUAUGAUGAACGCAACUUUCAGGACAUGGACUACCGUGGUAUUGGCCAAGAUGACGAGGCUACAGAAGCAGAAUGUGAUGUCCAUAAAGAGGAGGACAGCCCCUAUGUCCACAACGAAUCAUCUCUGUGCCCCUCUGAAGUCUUGCCAGGUCACCUACAAGAUCGCCAAGGGUUUCAUCAGAGAGGGGACGGUGCUCAGGAGGCCAAAGGGCUCCUGUGGCCUCCUUCCUCUCAGUCCUCAACUGAUGGAUUUGAUGAGGCGAGGUACAAGAGAGAUUUUGAACGGCUACGGACUGGGUCAGAGGGAAGGGGAAAGAGGAAACCUGGCAGAAACCUUUCCGAGACUACGACCCUACAUUUAGGCAGUGGUGAAGGAAACUGGGGUCACCAAGGUGGUGCCUGUUCUGAACAGAUGGAGCCCAACUUCACCAGGCACCAAGAGGAGGGCAGAUUCUCUCACCGAGCGGGAAUGAAUCGUAUGUUUCCAGCUGAGCCAGAGGAGCAAGGCCGGAGUAGUUGUGAGCCAGACCUGUUUCAUGAGGAGUUGGAGCAAAGGGACCAGGAUUACCGUGCUGAUCUGGACUACAAUCAGAGGCCCAGCAACAUUGUAAUGCUUCGAAUGCUGCCACCCAACGCCACUGCCAAUGAGAUCUGGGCAACACUUCAAGAGCAGGGGAUCCAGCCAAAAGAGGUUCGACUCAUGAGGAACAAAUCCUCAGGUCAGAGCCGAGGAUUCGCCUUCGUCGAGUUUAAUCUCAUACAGGAGGCCACCCGCUGGAUGGAGACCAACCAGGGCAUGCUGUUGAUUCUUGGACAACGAGUGUCGAUGCACUACAGCAACCCCAAACCACGAGCCAAUGAGGACUGGCUUUGCAACAAGUGUGGAGUGCAAAACUUUAAAAGGAGGGAAAGGUGCUUCAAAUGCAGUGCGCCCAAAUCAGAAGCUGAGCUGAAGUUGCCCCAGAUGCACAAAGAUCCACCUGUUGGUCUUCAAAAGGAGGGAGCCCAAGGCUUGCUUCCCCUCCCAGCACCCUUUCAUUCCUCCGUUUCUGCCAUCCACUUGGGUCAAGUGACACAGCAGGCAGAUGUUGCCAACGACACUCUGAUCCUCAGAAACCUCGGUCCACAUACAACAGUGGAAGCCAUUUUGUCUUCUUUGGCCACAUUUGCCACACUGUCACCCUCUAACAUUCGCCUCAUCAAGGACAAGCACACAAAUCUCAACAGGGGCUUUGCAUUUCUGCAGCUCUCCACCAUUGUGGAGGCAUCUCAACUGCUCCAGAUCUUGCAGGCUCUCAAGCAGCCUCUUUCUAUUGAUGGAAAGGUGAUCGUGGUGGAAUUUGCCAAAGGCUCCAAGCGUGACGUGUUUCUGACGGAAGGCAGUCGAGUGAGUGCUGCUACGGUGGCCAGCACUGCUAUUGCUGCAGCACAGUGGGCUGUCACACAGAAUGCACAAAAUGGUUCAGGUGGGGGCCCAGAAUAUGGUGAGAUGUAUCAGCAGGGAGCGGCAGUAACGUACAAUCAGGAGGGGAACGAUUACGCUUUGCUGGACGGCCAACAUUUUCAAGUCCAGACAGACUCCAGGGUUGCUUCUUUGCCCAGUGCAGUAGCACACUUGAAGGUGGCUUACUCAGCAGCAGCUACGCCAGCUUCAGUGAUUCCAGGUGAAGCAUUGGCAUCCGGGAUCGCUGUCGUGCAGCAGCCUCAAACUCAGGCUUCUGCCACUCAGGUCGAGAUAGUCGGAAAGCCACAGCCAGCUGCUUCCAGCCAACCUGCAACACCCGGCACUGGACAUGAGCUCCAGCAAUAUCCUGUGCCAGAUGUAACCACAUACCAAUAUGAUGAAAGCUCAGGCUACUAUUACGACCCACUGACAGGACUCUAUUAUGACCCAAACUCCCAGUACUACUACAACCCUCACACUCAGCAGUUCAUGUACUGGGAGGGCGACAAGCACACAUACAUUCCUGCAGCUUCUGGACAGUCAAACACAGAAGGUGAUCGUGCAGCCCCCGCAGACUCAAUGUUAGCUAACCUUGGCAGCAAGGAGAAAAAAGAUAAGCCCAAGAGUAAAACUGCUCAACAGAUUGCCAAAGAUAUGGAGCGCUGGGCCAAGACUCUCAACCGACACAAGGAAAACAUGCGCUCUGCCUCUCCUUCCACUGCAGCCGGUUCCACAGAUCGCAGAGAAUCUGCCAGCGCUGAUGCAGGUUAUGCUGUUCUGGAGAAAAAGGGGGCGCUGUCAGAACGGCCUCAAAUUUUUCUGGACCAACUCAGACAAACAGAAUCACCCCCUCCUCAGCACUUGGGUCUUGUUCCAGCCUACAGUGGGGAAAGUGACAGUGAAGAUGAAGGAGGCGAAAAAGAUGAGAAGGAAGGGAGGAUGACUGACUGGGUGAAACUGGCCUGUCUUCUGUGUAGGAGGCAGUUUCCCAGCAAAGAGGCCCUGAUUAGGCACCAGCAGCUCUCUGAACUACAUAAGCAAAAUCUGGAGCAAAGAAGAAUGCAAGAAGUUGCCGGAAAAGAGAAACGAACAGAUGGACUCCAAGCUCCCGCUUCCAAGAAGAGCAAGUUAAGUGCCAUUGAUGGGAUCACAGGCUCAAGCCUUGGUGCCCGAAUGCUCCAAGGAGGUGUGAAAAAAGGACUUUUGUUGCGCAAUAUCCAAAUGCAGUGAGCUGUGAUGCUGCAAUGUGGAUUUUGUCCCCGAUGCGAAAUGGACAAGUACUUUACCCUUCACUGAUACGAUCACCAGUCCAUAACAUGUUCUCAUAUUUGACUAACUUCACUUUUGCAUCUUUUAACUGGUCCAGCAGAGGAUGACAGAACAUUCAUUGGAUCAGAAUAUCACCCCACCCUGCCCCCUACACCCUGAUGAUGCCAAGUCCUGCCUGUUUGACAAAUAAGCUUGCUCUCAUCGCAGUGAAUGACAUUUUCUAAUGACAGUCUAUGCACCAUUGAUUUUUUUUCUUUUUUUGCUUUAUUUAAAGGGGAAGUCAAGCCAAGACAUUUAUCAACAAUAACAUGUUCUAUGCACCCCCACUCGUUAAAACUCUCUAUUCUGAUUAAUGUUGCGUUUCUAGAAUAUGAAUUAAGCCACAAUGACCGUCACGGCUUACCUGCUUUCUGGGUUUGAUCGUGUGACGUUCACAAUCUGAGU